AAAAGCUUGGAAAGGUCCAUCCCGCAUCCAAUCCAAUUGCACGCUACGUGAUAUCGAACCUCUUCUGGUUGUUUAUUCAAUUCUUGAUAUCGAAUUAUUUCCACCACAACCUUAAGCAACUAUUGUAUAACCAUCGCAACACAUAACCCUGCCCAAUACAAAACAGCAACAAUGGAUAUUCCUCAGGCCGACCUCGAUCUCCUCAACGAGAAGGACAAGAACGAGCUUCGCGGUUUCAUUUCCAACGAGACGCAGCGCCAGAGGGUGCAAGGACAGACCCACGCCCUUACCGAUUCCUGCUGGAAGAAAUGCGUCACCUCCCCCAUCAAGACCAACCAGCUCGACAAGACCGAGGCCGUCUGCAUGGCGGACUGCGUUGAGCGCUUCCUGGACGUCAACCUGACCAUCAUGGCCCACGUGCAAAAGAUCACCAGGGGUGGCAGCAAGUAGGUCUCGCGCGCCGAUAGGAAGGCGUGGGAGGAUGCUUAUCAGGAGGAGGAAAAAAGAUGAGAACGGGACAAAAAGAAAAGAGGAGGCAGAGGAAGGAGGAUGGCGAAAACGGUGACUUGUUUCCCUUGAGGAACUGGUUGUCCCGCGGGGCUGGCUGGCUACGUUUUUCGGUUGGCUGGUCCUGCUUGGUGGGCUUCUUGGGAGACUUGGAGGAUGCGGCCGAGGUAUCCGACGCUUGUUUUCAUGGUGGUUCUGGCUGGGUCUGGUACACUCGGGCUUACUACGACGGAACGGGGGUACAGAGAAGCACCCUUUGCUAGGGAACCUUUGUUGAUCCCUGCGAUAGGGCUUGCGAUUGAGGUUCUGGUCACAAUUCUAAGAGACAGUCAUUCGAGGAAUUGUUACGGUUACGCCUGAAGGCUUGUACGAUAUAUGUGAUGGGACAGGGGAAGGAUCAAAGGUAGAACUGGAAGGGAAAAGGGUUUAUAGGGCAUGGGAAUUUGUUCAGGAACUUAGACAGUAUGACAGGCGGUUCUUGUAGCAUGAUAUGGGAGCGCGCGAUAGCGGGAUACUCAUCUUCAUCUUCAAACACAGACCCAAUGCGCAGUGCAGGAUAAUUGGUUAUAGAAGUGCAGAUAACAAUGCGACAAUGAGUCCAUGGUGAUAGCAAGAAUACAAGAUGUCAG